AUGCCGGUGAACGAGGCACCGUGGCUGACGCGGCGGGUGGAAGUUGUCUUCAUGAUAGUCACGUUUCUCAUCUGCCUCGCCUCAGAUGGGCUGAAGUGCAAAAACGGCGGCGUGGCGCCUUGCAUCGGAGGGUCGUCGCCGUGCGAGCGCGACGUGAACGCGCCGUCGUGUGACGAUGUGGUGACGCCGGUGGUUUGGCGGGACGACAAGGAGCGGUGCGCCUGCGUGGCACGCGGCGACGCACGUCUGCUUCUGCACGUGGUGGAGGUGGGCCCCUCUCUCCCACCCACGCGGUCCGGAGGCAGCGGCGGCCACAGCUUGGAGCGCCUCCCCAUUGCGGCUCUCGUGGCGUCUGCGUUAAAAAAUAGGUCGGGCGGCGUUGCUGCGUCAAGUGCGCGAGGCGGCAUCUUCGGCGCCAGCCUUUUUGCGCCGCUGCGCAGUGAAGUUGGGCUCGCGCCAUCCACCACGGGCCCUUGCGCGGCAAAUACAAGUAGUCUGAAGGUAUCCUACAGCUUUGACACGCUGUUGAUCCGGCCGUUGUCGUCGCUGCUUCGGGACACAGAGUCGGUGAUUCCCUUUAAAAACGACUUUUUUGCCAUUCAAAGGCAUCUUCCGCGGCUACAACGCGUCUUUGAGCAACUCUUCUCGCAAAAAGCCAGGGCCGCGGCGCCAACGCGGGAUGCCUGUUCAAAUGUGCACCUUGUCAUUCUGCUCAUGGUGAUGCCAGGAAGCGACGCCUCAUGGGUCAAUGGGAACCCCAUGGACAUUGCGACGACCCUGUUUGACGCCCACACGUAUGUUAAGAAGACUCUGACCCGCUACCUCCGCAAUAAGCCGCGGUACACUCGGUUACUAAGCAGUAUCUGGUACGUUGGUGUCCCAGUUGGUUUCCCCGUGCAUUGCGGCACCCCCGAUUCCGCCUCUGACGCUACUGCGCCUCCCCUGCGAAGUGCCUACGAUGUGGAGGGGCGUAAAAAUGCAAGCGUGAGCUCCGCCGCGGUGGUCCGAAACAUCACAUCCGCGUUCUGUCGUGCCGAAGAUGCGAACUUUGAAGUGUGCCGUGCGAUGUGCCAGCAUUACGAGCAGCAGGUAGCCGCGUACCAAGUGGCGAACAACGGUCUGCAGCAGAUCGCGGAAGAAAAGGGCGGGCGGGUUGGGAUGCGUAGUUUCUUCCUCCCGUACCGCGAUCACUUUCAUACAGCGCUAUCCACGCGGCGGUUGUACUGGCGUGAUUGUCUGCAACUCUCGCGUAAGGGGGACGUUGCAGUGGCAAAAAGCAUCGCGGCUAGUCUUUUUGCCCCACACUAA